UUAACUAUUAUUCAAUUUUUUUAAUUCCUAUUUUGCGAUAAAAUAUGUAAGAUCCAAGUGCUCUCAAAAUCUUUGAAAAAAAUGGUCUACAAAAGUUAUUCUUAAAAAUAAAAUGUUUAUAGAGUAUGAAUAUUGGAUUGAGUGCUUAUGAUGUUCCCUGGCAUAGCUGGACAAAAAAAGAAGGAAAAAUGAUUGAAAUCAUUAUUUUUAGAUCUCAAAAAGUUGCUUUUCUAUCAGCGGGAAAAUUUGCGCAUAUGUCACUGAAAACUUUCUCAUCAAUUUUGUCAUCAGCUUUUUCAUUCUUCACUCUUUUGAGAAAUGUCGUGUAAAUUGUAUACAGAAUCUUAUUUUUUAUACUGCUAUGAAUGAUUAAAAUUCACUUCUCUAUAUUAAAAGAUACAUAUAAUUUGAU